CGGAACAUCUUUCGAGCGGCCGGUCAGGCAGCCAGCGGGGGGAAAGGGAACGACGGCACGAACAGCUGGCCACAGACGAGCGGAACUGCGCGAAAAGAAGAAUGCUGCGUGUGCUGAGCGCCGCGCUGCGAGGUGUCGCAGCGAGAACAGUGAGUACAAUUACGGUGAAUCCUGCUGUUCCCGCGUAUAAUUGCAUUGCGAGUUAUACACAAUACAGAGCAUUCGGAGCAUUGUCGAGCAUCGCUCAAAGAUGGGCCGCCAUCGGACCUGUACAACAAAAAACGUUGCUGAGCCGUGCGACAGAAAAUCUUCCACCUGUGCCGGUAGAACCUAUCAAUAUUCAGGUGAGAACGGUAGUCAGGUUUAGUCUGUCGAGAGGAAAGAGGCAAACCGUAAAGACAGUUCUGAAACGUUUCUACAGAUUGAACUGGGGUAUAUGGAUCAGAACAAAAUCGGGUCGUCAUAAGCACCUGUGGAAAAAAUCAGCCGCUAGAAGGAAGAGAUUGCGACAGCAUGUGUUCUGUAAUGCUACGCAAUGUAAGUUAUUGGACAAGAUGGUGAACAAAUACUGGAAGAGACCGCGUUAUUACGUCGAUGAUCCGUACACUCCGUAUCAUAGUCGAGAAGAGUUUCCUUUCACUAGAAGGAAACCAUUACCAUUACCCUAAUCUAUUAUGUCGAUUAAUGACUAGAUGCAAUCUUAUGUUGCGACAUUAAAGAUAAAUUCAUUUACA